CUUUAUAGAACACAUUUAUCUACCUCAAUUAUUAGUCCUUUGUUUCGAGAGGCAUAUACUAUAGUUGAUCCAUGGCUCCACCAACUCCAAGACUAGUUGUGCCAAUAGAGCUGAAGAAGAAGCCAUGGGAGCAAAAGCUUCCCCUCCAUAACCGAUGGCACCCUCACAUACCAUACGUUGCUGAAGUUAACACUGGUGAAGUGUUUAGAAUAGAGAUGGUGGAUUGGACAGGUGGAGCUAUUAAAGAUGAUAAUUCAGCAAUGGACAUAAAACUUGUAGACCUUUCUAUUACCCACUAUCUUAGUGGGCCAAUUAGAAUUGUUGACAGUGAUGGUAUAGCAGCAAAGCCUGGAGAUCUUCUUGCCGUUGAGAUAUGCAACUUGGGUCCUCUGGCCGGAGAUGAAUGGGGGUAUACAGGAAUAUUUGACAGAGAAAAUGGAGGUGGUUUCUUGACAGACCAUUUUCCUAGUGCUGCUAAAGCUAUUUGGUACUUUGAGGGUAUUUAUGCUCAUUCACCUCAGAUACCAGGAGUACGAUUUCCAGGGUUAACACAUCCUGGAAUAAUUGGAACUGCACCAUCAAUGGAACUGCUAAAUAUAUGGAACGAAAGAGAGAGGCUUGUUGAAGAAAAUGGGGUCAAGUCUCUUAAACUAUGUGAGGUUUUACACUCACGACCCUUGGCAAACUUACCAUCAACAAAAGGUUGUCACCUUGGGAAGAUUCCAAAAGGCACCGUUGAAUGGGAGAAGAUUGCGAAAGAGGCUGCAAGAACAAUACCGGGAAGAGAAAAUGGAGGAAAUUGUGACAUAAAAAAUCUUAGUAGAGGUUCAAAGAUAUACCUUCCAGUUUUUGUGGAAGGAGCAAAUCUCAGCACCGGUGACAUGCAUUUCUCACAGGGUGAUGGAGAGAUCUCAUUUUGCGGUGCCAUAGAGAUGAGUGGCUUCCUAGAACUUAAGUGCGAAAUUAUAAGGGGUGGAAUGAGAGAGUACCUUACACCAAUGGGGCCCACUCCACUUCAUGUGAAUCCAAUAUUUGAGAUAGGCCCUGUUGAGCCAAGAUUCUCAGAGUGGUUGGUUUUUGAAGGGAUUAGUGUGGAUGAAAGUGGGAGGCAACACUUUCUAGAUGCAAGUGUUGCUUACAAGCGAGCAACACUCAAUGCUAUUGACUACCUAUCCAAGUUUGGAUACUCCAAGGAACAGGCAUAUAUUCUUUUGUCUUGUUGCCCAUGUGAAGGAAGAAUAUCUGGAAUUGUUGAUUCCCCUAAUGCUUGUGCGACAUUGGCCAUUCCAACAGCUAUAUUUGACCAGGAUAUUCGUCCUAAAAGUAGCAAGGUGCAACUUGGACCUCGUCUUGUAAAGACACCAGAUGUCUUCAAAUGCACUUAUGAUGGAAACUUACCAACUACAGUGAACCUUAGUGCCGCAUUUCAUGAUUCAAAUUAGUUAGACAAUUGUUGGAAUGAUGUUAAAACUUUAUGGAUUCUAAUAAAUUAUGUAAACUAGAAUAAGCUCGUAUAGGGUUGAUCGAAUACAUUAAUGGUAUUUAUCUAAGGAUACGAGCUUUAAUUUAGAGAAAAACGAAAAUAUAUUUGGAAUCAUGGUCC